AUGUACAGAUCCACUUUUAUUAGGACGUCCGGCACAAGCUCUAGGACGGUAACUGCAAGGUACAGGUCCCAGGACACAGGAUUUCUCGUUGCUCGAGUAUUAUUCUCCACCUCUGCAACCCGUGCGCAAGGUGGAAACCCUCGAUCACCGCUCCAGAUCUUUCGCGAUACAUUCAAGAAGGAAUGGGAGAAAUCUCAGGAACUACAGGAGAACAUAAAGACGCUGCAAGACGCUUCGGGGAAGCUAGGCGAGUCUGAGGCCUACAAAAAGGCCAGGGAGGCAUAUUUAAAAGCUCAGAGAGGCUCCACAAUCGUAGGGAAAACUUUGAAAAAGACCGGUGAGACCGUGGAACAUAUAGCCACUAAGGCCUGGGAGUCCGAAAUCGGUAAGAACACAAGGAAAGCAGCUUCCGCCACGGCCAAGAAGCUGGAUGAGAGCUUCGAGCCGGUGAGACAGACGAAGAUUUACAAGGAAGUCUCCGAGGUCAUCGACGAUGGGGAGAGUUCCCGGUACGGUGGGUUCAUCACUAAAGAGCAAAGAAGACUUAAACGUGAGAGAGACCUAGCCUCUGGGAAAAGACGCAGGGCAGUAAAGAGCAAUGAGGAGGCAGGUACAGCAGUGAUCGCCACAAAUAUCGAGUCUAAAGAAUCGUUUGGAAAGAAAGUCGAGGACUUCAAAGAAAAGACCGUAGUAGGCCGUUCCAUACAGUCUUUAAAGAAUAAAUUGUGGGAUGAAAGUGAAAACCCCCUAAUUGUGAUCAUGAGAAAAAUAACUAACAAAGUGGGCGGGUUCUUUGCAGAAACAGAAUCCUCUCGUGUUUACAGCCAGUUUAAGAUGAUGGACCCCACUUUUUCGAACGAAAACUUCACUAGACACUUGAGAGAAUACAUCGUCCCAGAAAUUCUUGAAGCGUAUGUCAAAGGUGACGUUAAAGUUUUGAAAAAAUGGUUCAGUGAGGCACCAUUUAAUGUUUACGCCGCCCAACAAAAAAUCUUCAAAGAACAGGAUGUUUAUGCUGAUGGCCGUAUCCUGGAUAUCAGGGGCGUUGAAAUAGUGAGUGCAAAGUUGUUGGCUCCCCAAGAUAUUCCAGUCUUGGUGGUCGGGUGUAGAGCACAGGAAAUCAACCUUUACAGGAAAAAGAAAACCGGCGAGAUCGCCGCUGGUGACGAAGCUAAUAUCUUGAUGAGCUCUUAUGCCAUGGUUUUCACCAGAGACCCAGAGCAAAUCGAUGAUGACGAAACAGAAGGAUGGAAGAUCCUGGAGUUUGUGCGUGGGGGUUCUAGACAAUUUACCUGA